UACGUCGCUCCGCAUGUCAUCUUCGUCCAGCCACUUCGCCUCAUUUGCGGCUUAUACCCCUCCCCCGGAUGAAACGACUUCGGGUACUUCCUCUAAGGCGCCGGUAAGGCCGUGGUUUCCCAGCCAUGCCUCGGAGACGUCAUACCAGUCUGGUGGUAUACCGACCUUUAACACCUCAGCCGGCGGUGGACUUGCAUCUGUUGAGGAAGCCGAAGGGGAACAGAACCAAUGGGAAACUCGACAUGGACUUCGUGUGGAUGUAUCGGCUGCUGCGGCAUACUUGCUUGGCCCCAUCUCUGGUACUCCGGCUCGUUACAUGUCGGAUGAGGAUUCUAACUCAUACCAGUCUGCAUUACUAACAACACCGCUCGUUGUCGUGCGAAUAUUCGCCUCUUUGCUGCGGUUUCCCGGGUGGAUGCGGACCAUAUUUACGAUUCUCCUGCUGGGAGCCGAGCUUUACAUGGCUUUCAGGGCAUUUAUUGACGCAUCUCACAACGGGCUUGCACGUUUUCAGGUUCCUUACAUAGGGCCCAUCGCCGCAAGGUGGUUGGCGGACGAGUGAGAAUCAAGGACGAGUAGUUACUUUUGUACAUUAGGACUCUGCUAAUAACGAUUUAGCAUGUUACGAUUCUAGGUUGUGGUGGUAUACAGUAGUAAUGUGAUACAAAUACUUCAACUGGCAAAGCAGGUCGCUCACUCCAGGCAAAAGUUGUUGCACGAGGGGGCCGAGAAGAUUCAAUAAGCAGUCGAUAAGGUUUUCGACAAUGUCGAGGAUCUUGUCGACAAUACACUUGAUGUCGUACAGAACUGAGUGGGUCAGAUACAGGUGCACCGGCCACAAUCACGACGACAGACUGGAGAAUGCUCUUGCCAAUCCUGAAUCCGCAGCGAGAUCGGUCAACAUGGACUGGAAGCUGGAGUAGUAUUCUCGAUACUCGAUUAGCGCUGACUGGCAUUCCUCGGGAACUCUUUAUCGUCCGGCGAGACAGUCUUGGCCUUAGCUGCGAGAUCCUCUAGCGAAGAUGUCAGAUGGCAAACACAUUGAGCGACGUCCUCGGUCUGGCGGCGCUCGAGAGAAGAUAGGAGCACGGGGGAGACGCGAGGAGCAAGAUCAGCGUCGGCGUGCUUAGUCAGAACACGAGGAGCGAGGAGCGAGCUAGGCGAGAUCUUUGAGGAUAUGGACGAAGCACCAGGCAGAGGUGACGCGUUGACAGUGACCAGAGGCGCGGGGGACAAACCCGAAAGGAGGGCAUUCCAAAGUAGACGAUUCGCG